AUGGAGCUGGCGAAGAGUCAGUGCCAGGGCACCGGUGCCUCUGCGGGCGGCUCCUCGGCAGGCGGCGCCAAGAGAAGGGCUGAAGGCCACGACGGCGGCCACUCCACGUGGCGGGCCAAGGCCGCGAGGCACGAGGAGCCAGCCGCAGAGGAGCGGGCCACCUCCGACCCGUACGGCGACUACGACGACUACGACGAGCCGGGCCCCGUGGUGGCCUCCAAGCCCCGCGCGGAGAAGGGGGGCGGCUCCGAGGACUACUGGGGCUCCGGGGCCUCGAGGCGGGGGGGCAGGCGGGGUGGCGGCGGCAAGAGGGCCCACCAGCGGUUGGGGCCGGCGACCGCCUCGGCGCUGGACGACCAGCUCGCCUCCUACUUCAAGUGA